AUUCAAGUAAUCAUCAAGACAACCAGACGAUGGAAUCGAUUGGAGAUUCAGUCAAAUAUUUCAAAGACAAUGAUGGAUUGGUCUAUAAAAAAUCCAACGAAAAUCCGCAAACCAUGUAUUUGGAUUGUUUCAAUGAACCGACUUGCCUUGCUGGAGCUCGUUUUUACAAGCAAACCGGCCUUGUGGAAAAAUUUGGCACACAUUCACACGGAAAAAUGGAUGAAAACAGCAUUUUUAAGAUCGAGUUCGAGACACUUUUGAAAAAUCAAGCUGUGAUGAAUUUGCCAACGUCAGCCUACUCAAUUUGUAUAAACGUGCUUUGGCUGGCUAUUUCAAAGGAAUUUGGCUACCGACCGAUCACAAGGCGUCCUUUUUGGCCAAAUUGCGUCGUAUUCGCAAAUACGAAAAAGAAAAGAAGGAAGCGGGCAAAGUGUGCACUCGGCCGUCUUGUACUCCUGCGUUGACUUUGGGUAGUUCAACGUCGCCAAUGUCACCGAACAGCAUUGCAUCAGCUCAAGCUAUCGCAUCGAUUCUACGUGAAAUGCCAAAUCAAGUCUCUCCGAUUAUGUCGCAGCCGCCAACACCAAUUAUAAUACCGCCACCAACACCAUUUGCAAGCGGUGGGCGUUUGCUUCGUAGUUCCGUCCGAAGCCAACAUUCAUUGGUAUUGCCGCCAACACCAUUUGCAAACGGUGAGCGUUUGCUUCAGCGUUCCACUCGAAGCCGAAAUUCAUUGGCACCGCAGGCCAAUUUAAACUCCUCGACACCGAGCUCGCCAUUGUCAAAGAACAUCAACAUUCGGUUGGUUGCGAAUGGGAGCCGUACGCCCAUUUGCUAUGUUUCAUCCAAUCGUUCCGUUACGAAGACCCAGAUUCAGGAAAAAAGAAGUGCGGCAACAGUCUUCAACUCAAUCUACAAAGAAGAGCGUCGUCAAUAGAACCGCCACAAGAAAGAAAACAGCUUCCAAGCAAGCCUUUGGCAUGAUGACUCGGUCCAAAACAGCAAAGGCCAGAUCAAUGAAGAAUGUUUCGUUUGCCGUUGGACUUAAGCGAUGCCGACGUACAUUGUUUGCUUCAAAUGGAGAUUUAAGUAAAACCGACGCAGCAUAAAAAAUGGGCUCGUUGAAAAUCGGCUUUAUAAAAAUCACAAUAUUCAA